AUGGCUCGUCUGUUCGCCUUCCUCGCUCUCUGCGGCGCAUUCGCCACCGUGGCCGCAGAUGCUGUCACGGAGACCAACCUCAAGAUCUACCCCUCUGGAUACUACUUCUACCAGUACAGAUCCAUGGACGCGUCUAUCGUCGAUGUCAACAAUGACCUGACUACAUUUGCGCUCCGUUGCCCCCCGGCCGAUGCCACCGAGCUCUAUUGCGACUUUGACGAAAAGACCCUCACCUAUGGACCUACAGUCAUGGAGUUUACCACGAUUGAAAGUGCAGAAACUAUGAUUGCGGAAUUUGACUCUACUUUUAUUUACAAUCCCCAUUGUACGAGGGUCAAGACGGAGGGUAGUCCGGACACUGUAACUUGUACAGUUGAAAUGACUGGAGAGAGUUCAGGAGUUCUAGUGGAAUCGACAAUAAGUACGGUUUAUAGCAAAUUCUUGACCUCAUCGAUGAACAUCGCCGUCACGGCCGGGGCCAGUAAGCUCAAAGGACAGGAAACGGCAACCCCCGGCGCCUCUGCCACUAAGACUGCCACCGAUACUGAAACCACUGUCGCCUCAUCAUCUUCAGAUAACUCUACGGUAUCGAAAACUGCCGACGCCAGUGCCGGUUCUAGUUUCUUGACUUCUGCUUCCAAGGUGGAAUCGACUGGUUCUGAAGCGGCAUGGACUUCUGGAUUGACAUCGGCUGGUUCUGAAGCAGAAUCGACUGGCUCUGAGGGUACACCGACUGGAUCCGAGGCGACACCGACUACCAGCAACACGGACAAUGCAGCUGGGCCAAUCAAUACACACAACGCCGCCCUUAUGGGGAUGGCCGUGAUGGGUGUCGCUCUGCUGCUAUAG